AAGCAAUCAUUUCUCCUUCUCUCUGGCUGCAUUCUUGCAGCCAUUGAGAAAUACUGUGUGAGCUGUGAUUGGUCACAGCUUGUCACAUGGUACAAGGCUGUUGUGAAUAGAUUGUACCAUGUGACCUCUGUGAUCAUUCACAGAUUUCACAAGUUGUAAGCAAUGAUGUCAGGAAGUGACAUCUUGCUUACUACUCUGCAUGUGAUCACUGAUUGGCCAAUCAGUAAUUACAUGAUAAGGACCUCGCACAGAGGUCCCAUACGACGUCCCAGGGAAUGCGCAUUUUCCAAAAUGGCGGGCACGGUUUAUGA